AUGCAGGGGAACAAUUCAACUAACACCACUGGGGAUGCUGAAGUGAAGAGCACUGCAGCCUUCCCUUAUGAUCUGUACAGCCAGGCGUCCAAAGCAUCAGCUGAGGAGAAACUUGGCUUCACAGUUCAGAUUCUGGAGGAGGCGGCUGCUCUGUUUGAGGAGGAUCACAGCUCUGCAUCAUGGGAGGAGAGGACACUGGAGGACUUUCUCAAUGUUGUAACCCAGCAGGCUGACGGCCUUCGCUCCUGUAUUGGGAGCCACGGCCACAAGAAGAAGAACAAGAAGCUGCACAUGUAUUUCAAGAGACUCUCACGCCACGUCCUAGAGCAAAUGGGCCACAGUGCUGAAGCCUGGGAGCUGGUCAGGAAGGAAAUUAGAGACCAUCUGACGAGAGCUCACCUGCUGGUUUCAUCUCUACUCACCACCAACUAA